AUGGCCUUCGUAUUAGAGACUGUUCUACUGUUUUUAUUUCGACUAGCGUUCGCUCGAAACACGCAAGAUAUCGAAAUUGUUUUAUUGCCAUUAUGGAAUGCAGAAGAUAACGCGAAGAUUCCCCUGAGUUUCAAGGCUUUCGACCAGUCUGUCGAAUUAGCAUUGCACAGAAAUGAUAAGAUCACAGCACCUCGAUUUAAAGCCUGGAAACACAGCGAUGCAGACAGUAUGGAGGAACUGGCAGAGUUUGGUAAAUCAGUUUCGUGCCAUUACCUCCAUCGAGAUGAUGUUAGUUCCGCGGCUGUGAGUAUCUGCGGAGAACGCGGAGUGCAUGGUCUCGUUUUCCUAAAGAACGUCACGUUAGAGAUUCAGCCGCUUCAGAGCCAGGAGAUCUCAUUCAUUGACGAUCAUUACGUACGACGACGUUCAGAAAUAUUUGGAGAGCCUCACAUCGUCAAAAGAGCCCACAGCACUUUCGCGUUUUUCGCGGAUGACGCGAAUUAUCACGCUCAGCCUCAUAAUUACAUAACAGACGGAAACGAGGUCGGAGAACCGGUUGAGAACUUACCGGAAGAUAACGUAAAUCGUAACGAUGCUUUGACGUUAGAAUUGGCAUUGUUCUUCGACGAGACUGGCUACAAUCUCUUCUCUCCUUUUUUCGAUGAUAAUUCCGACGGGAAGAUUCUCGACAUGCUGUUAGCCUACGUGAACGGCGUGCAGGCGAUUUAUCAUCAUCCAAGUUUAGGAAUUGCGAUCGACAUUUCCCUGGUUAGGCUGGAGAUCAUGCAGAAACAGCCUCGCGAUCUGCCGCAUCAUAACGGCGAACGAGGAAAGUUAUUAGAUUCCUUUUGCAAUUACGCGGUGAAGAAGAAUCCCGGCGAUGAGUUCCAUCCUAAUCACUGGGACAUGGGUCUGUACGUUUCUGGUCUGGAUCUUUACGUUACGGAGACUGGACGAAAAAAUAGUGCUACCAUGGGACUGGCGGUAGUAGGUGGAUUGUGCGUCGACCAAUAUUCUUGCGUUAUUGCCGAAUUAGGCGUGACGGAUCAAUUUGGCAAGCCUUUCCCAUCGGCAGGGUUCACAUCCGUGUACAUAGCAGCGCAUGAAAUCGGUCACAAUUUAGGCAUGCAUCACGACUCGACUGGAAACGCGUGUCCAAAAGACGGCUACAUAAUGUCGCCCAGCAGGGGAACCAAUGGCGAGACCAUUUGGUCGGAAUGUAGUCGGAACGUGGCUCAAAAGCUUCCGUAUACGAAGCCUUGUCUCAAAGACAGGCCAGCAGGCUCACUUACAAAUAAUCUGGAUCAUACCAAGUUCUUCAAUCUGCCAGGUAGGCAAUGGACCGCCAAAAUGCAGUGCGAAUUAUUCCUCCGUGACAAAGAUGCCACUGUAGCCACGUACUACAAUGUCUGUGAGUCUUUGCAAUGCAAGACCGUGCACAGAAGCGGUUAUUACUUCGCUGGACCUGCUUUGGAUGGGACUUAUUGCGCACCUGGCAAAGAGUGCCGCGGUGGCGAAUGUAGCAACGCCUUGCAGAUGUAUCCCGGUUUCAUUCAACCGGGAGGAUGGAGCGAGUGGAAGACAGGACCCUGUAAAAGUGGAUGUCUGUUGAGGUCGACCGGCGCUCAAACUAGGCAACGAUACUGCGACAGGCCAACGCCGAAGAACACAGAAACCGGUUGCCAGGGAUUGCACUACGACGUGCUCCUUUGCAGGGAUGAUAAUCUGUGCAAGAAGAAACGCAAGAGCACGAGCGAGUUCGCGACACUGAGGUGCGAGGAGUUCAGCGAAAAAUUGCCAGAAUUGGACGCGAAGGGUGGCGGGCUGCAGGCGCCGCACGAAACCGAAAGGCCGUGGAUGGCCUGCGCUAUAUUCUGUCGGCGAAAAGACAUAGCAUCUUAUUACACGCCGCGCGUGGAAUUAAACGACCUUGGCCUUGACCCAUACUUUCCAGAUGGCACAUGGUGUCACGCCGAGGAGGGACAAAAUUAUUUUUGUCGCCAGCAUCACUGCCUGCCGCAGAGCUUUCGUUUCGAGAAAACACUGUUAAAUGACCGUCAGCGGAACGACGACUUCGAAUUUGGGCCUCAAAACGCACAUGCCGGCGGCCUUCGUCUUGACGAUCAGAUGAUCAAGUAUCUAAGCUUGGGCCCCGACGGAUUGCCCCUUUUGACCUCUCUGUCGUACGGUAUUGGGUUUCCGCCAGACGAGGACGAAUGGAUCGAUAAAGAUUACGUAGAGCUGGUGAAACCAACGGGGUGAGCUUUCUUCGAGUCGUCGCGUCGGAUAAGAGCGCGAACUGUUUCCUCAUUAAUUUUGCACGAAUACUUCACUAAUACGAUAUUACUCUCCUUCUGAAUUGUUGUUUAUUUUAUAAUUAUCUUUCCACUGACACCAAUAUUUCCAUUUCAUUCCGAUAAAUCAUAAAUCCCAAAGUCGUGUGAAUUUAUCGCGAAUCCGUAACAUGUGAUCGAUCAGACUGUAGUAUCAAAUUCAACUAUUUUUUAACAUGAAAGAAUUUACGAUUAUUAAUAUUAAAAAAUUUUUCCUGUCUUAUCUUCUCAUUAUUGUUUUCUCUACUUCAUGUACGAAGUAUAAAUAGAAAAGUACAUAUACAUGCACGUAUGAAAAAUGAAGGGUGUAAACCUCAUAUGUGAAUAUAUAUAUGUAUGUGUGUGUGUGUGUGU